UUAGCUUCUGUCUUUCUACACCAGGCUUGGCCUCUUACAUAUACCAGAACAACUGAACAUAUUACUUAUAUCAAGUGCAGAGUGCCAGCACCAUAUUUGUCGAAAAUAUUUUUAUUUUUCUCCAGCUUGUUCAGAGUUGUGAUGGCCAACCUAGCUCAUGAGGACCUUCAUUUUAUUUUGUUUCCUUUGAUGGCUCAGGGCCAUACCAUCCCCAUGGUAGACUUCGCCAGAUUGUUGGCUCAACGGGGUGCCACCGUUACCAUUAUCACUACUCCUGUAAACGCUCUCCGCUUCCAAUCAACUGUCUCUCGUGCUGUCCAAUCUGGACUCAGAAUCCGCAUUGCUGAACUUUAUUUCCCAAGUGAGGAAUUCGGGCUGCCAAAAGGCUGUGAAAAUUUCGACAUGCUGUCAACAAUUCACUUGUCUGGCGCUUUUUAUGCAGCAACUGUCAUGCUUCGGGAGCCAUUUGAAAAUUUUCUUGGUGAGGCUAAACCACCCCCGAGUUGCAUAAUUUCUGAUAUGUCCUUCCCGUGGACAAGUGAUGUUGCAGAAAAUUUUCACAUUCCAAGGCUUAUUGUUCAUGGGCCAUGUUGCUUUUCUCUUUUGUCUGUGCUAAAUAUAGUGAAGUCCCAAGUGCUUGGUAAAGUUAAAUCCGAUACUGAACGCUUUGUUGUGCCUGAUCUACCUGAUAAGGUGGAAUUAACUAAAGCUAAGAUCAUUCGUCUGAUGAAUACUUCAAACACUACUCAGAAGUCACCUCAACAGACAGCUGCUAUGGCUGGCUUUCGCGAGAAAAUGAUUGAAGCUGAAAAUAAGGCGUUUGGGAUUGUGGCCAACACUUUUGAGGAGCUGGAACCCAAGUAUAUAGAAGAGUAUGCAAAAACAAAGGGUAAAAAGGUUUGGUGCAUUGGACCUGUUUCAUUGAGUAACAAGGACAUGUCUGACAAGGUCGAGAGAGGUGACAAGGUUUCCAUCGACGAAAAUGAUUGUUUGAAUUGGUUAGAUGGCCAGGAUCCCGGCUCUGUGUUGUAUGUGUGUUUGGGAAGUAUAGCAAGGCUGGCAACUUCCCAGUUGAUUGAACUCGGGCUCGGAUUGGAAGAACUAAAUCGGCCUUUCGUUUGGUGUGUGAGAUACAAAACAGAAGAAUUUGACAAGUGGAUUUCGGAAGAAAAAUAUGAGGAACGGAUUAAAGGCAGAGGGCUAAUAAUAUGGGGUUGGGCGCCACAAGUUCUAAUACUGUCACACAGAGCCAUCGGAGGGUUCUUGACACAUUGUGGCUGGAAUUCUACACUCGAAGGUAUUUGUGCUGGCAUCCCGAUGCUAACAUGGCCCUUGUUCGCUGAGCAGUUUGUAAAUGAGGCUCUGGUGGUGCAAAUCCUAAAGGUUGCGCUGAGUGUUGGUACAGAGCUGCCCAUUGUAUUCGGAGAAGAAGAGGAGGUCGGAGUUUUGGUAAAGAGAGAAGAUCUUGUAAUGGUUGCAGAGAGGUUAAUGAACGGUAGCGAUGAAGCAGAGGAAAGAAGAGAAAGAGCCAGGGAGUUGGGCGACCUGGCGAAAAGGGCAAUGGACGAAGGAGGUUCUUCUCAUCUCAACACCAACCUCCUGAUUCAAGAAAUCAUGGCACAGGCAAACAUGUAGAUACAGGCAUAAGUUUCAUAUGAUUGUGUGUUUUUAAGUUUUAACUAGUGUCACAUUGAACCUGCAAACAACUCAAUAAAUAUUAUUCCCCA